GAUAAACUAAAGUCAAGUUUAUAAGAAGUUUAGUUUGACGAGGAAAGUAUAUGCAAUCAUCAUUUUGUGUAUAUAUUUUCAAUAAAUAAAAUAAAUUAAAUACAUUAUGUUAAGAUAUUUAAUUUUUAAAUCAAUAUUUGUUUGAAUAUAAUUCUCUUUAUUUGAGAUUGUAGGUAAUAAUAAUCAGGUGUAAAAAAAAAAAUGAAAAUGAAACGCAGUAGAUCUUUAUCCCCUAAAGCUUCUAGUAGUGAAGAAGAUAUGAAACGUAUUAAAUUUGAAGAAAAUGAGAAGACAAAUAAUAUAAUCAUUCAUCCACAUAUAUUAGACUUCUCAGAUGAUGUCUUGUUAAAUAUAUUUAAAUAUUUGAAUCCUAAAGAUCUUAUGGCAAUAAAUUUAUCUUGUCAACGAUUAGGUCAAAUAGCACAAGAUAAAACUUUAUGGAGAAGGGUAGAUUUUCGAGAAACACCUAUGUUAUUAAAUGAUUUAAAAGAAUAUAUAAAAUUUCUUCAACCUAUAACAACAAGUCUUGCUAUGCGUGGUGAUUUAUAUUGUGAACAUGACACAGAACUUAGUCCUUGCUUUUUUAAUUCAAUUAAGACUAUAUGCACUCAAUUGAAAGAAUUGAUUAUUGAGGAAUAUUGCAUUAAUGGAGACAAGAUUCAGAUAACAGAUUUUCCAAGUACAAUAGAAAAACUUUCAUUAGAAGGUUGCAAAAUGGGAUAUUUGCGUAGUAAUAAAUCAUACUUUUUCAAAAUGAAUUUCCAUAUGCCUAAUUUAACAUGUUUAAUUCUAAGUAAUUGCCAAUGGUUUACUCCACAUUCAUUAUUGGUUAUUAGUAAAAUGCCAAAAUUGAAAGAAUUAAGGCUAAAUUCGUGUCACCGUUUAGGUGAAUGUGUAGCAUAUACUAGUUUAGCUACAAGAUUUGGAUUUAAAACAUUAGAAAUUCUUGAUUUACGAGAUACUGCACUUGGUGAUAGUGAAGUUGGAUGUUUCAGUUGUACUAAAACUUUGACACAUCUUUACUUGGAAUGUCCUUCCAGUUUACGAAAUGCAGAAUCACCUGAUUCAGAACCUCGACCUUUACAACGUGAAGUUUUGAAUCAACUUCCUGUAUAUGAAGAUGGAAAUCUUGCACAAUUUCUUGUCGAAGAUGGAUUUCGUUGGGAAAAUUAUAUGUUUGGACGUUGUUUAAUAACGGACAGAGCAAUCUGUGCUCUUGGAAGUGAUACAUGUGAUCGUAUAAUCAACAAUUCUGCAGAAGAAGUUAUAGUUGUAGAAGGAGAUAAACGAAUAUUUAAUAAUCCUCAUUUAAAAACAUUAGUUGUUAGAAAUUAUCCGCAUGUUACAAAUUCAAGUCUUGUUCAUUUGGCUUUAAAUGCAUCGAAUCUCGAACAUCUUGAUGUAAGUGGUACAUCUGUGACAAGGCAAGGUGUCGAAACUUUUAAGUCACAAAGACCGAAUGUUAAAAUAAUUACUUCUUUUGAUGAAACAUAGUUGUAAUAGAUAUAAACGUGUAAAUUUAACA